UAAAGUGUUGGCAGCACUGGCUUCUUUUCUUUCUCUUUUCUUUCUAAUUUUAAAGCCCUUUCCGGUUUAGUUCCUGGGGCUAGAAGCCGUAGUUUCGGUUUUUAUUAUUUUUAAUCGCCCGUAAUCCUUCAAAAUGAGAAUCUAUAAGGAUAUUAUUACCGGUGACGAGAUGUUCUCGGACACAUACAAAAUCAAACUGGUCGACGAAGUGAUUUACGAAGUCACCGGUAAAUUGGAAACAAGAACACAGGGCGAUAUCAGAAUCGAGGGUUUCAACCCCUCGGCCGAGGACGCUGACGAAGGCACAGACUCUGCGUGCGAGAGCGGCGUAGACAUUGUCUUAAAUCACCGACUUGUGGAGACCUAUGCCUUCGGAGACAAGAAAUCUUACACUCUAUACCUUAAAGAUUACAUGAAAAAAUUAGUAGCAAAAUUGGAAGAGAAAUCUCCCGACCAAGUAGAAGUAUUCAAGACCAACAUGAACAAAGUAAUGAAAGACAUUCUCAGUAGGUUUAAGGAACUCCAAUUCUUCACUGGCGAAUCUAUGGAUUGCGAUGGCAUGGUCGCCUUGAUGGAGUACAGAGAUAUUGACGGUGUCUCCACUCCCAUCAUGAUGUUCUACAAGCAUGGUCUUGAAGAGGAGAAGUUCUAAGGCUCAUCAGAAGAAUAUAUUAACUUAUAGUCUAAAUUGUACUUUAUUACCAUCACAAUAAAGUUGUUUUGAUGAUCAUAAGUACAGUUCAAACUCUCUCUGAGCAUAAGCUUUUGAGUACAGCUUAAGUGAUAUUCAUAUUCCCACACCAGCCUAACAUAACACCAUUUGUUUUCUUAAUUUAUUUACUGUAAUCAUGUCCGCUCAGCUCAGUAAACUGGCUUCGGCUACUCCCCGUUAAAGGCUGAACUUUUGUAAAGUAAAUGUUGCAUAUUAUUAUUAAAUAAUUUAAUGAACAACUGAA